AUGGCGACCAAACUUGGACUUCCGAAAGAGUCCUUUCUUUCGGUUCCGGUAUGGGUAAAGUUGAAGAACCUCCCAAUCGCUCUUUGGUCGGCUCAGGCAAUCAGUAAAGUGGCGAGCUAUGUUGGGAAACCCCUUUAUGUAGACCUAAGAACGGAGCAACUAGAUAUGCUCGCUUUUACAAGAGUCUGUGUGGAGAUCACAUUGAGGCAACAACCCUGUGACUCCAUUGAGGUGGUCCUGCAAAGUGAAUCGUGCAUCGUUGAAGUUGAAUAUGAGUGGAAGCCGUUGGCUUGUGUUGGAUGCGGAGUCUUCGGCCACAAAUGCAAGACGGACGAGCGCCCAGCUCCUCUAGACGCACUAUUACCUGCUCACUCACCUGGAAUUGCGCCUGCUGCCUCCGAUUGUCCUCCCCACCAGGAGAAGGACCUUCACUCCCAAUCUCUUCUUCCGACCCCUACUGUGGACUCAUCAUGGCAACAGGUCAUGACUAAGAAGAAGAAGAUCCCAAAAGAGGCGGUCUCCUCCAACUUGGCCUAG